GCGCAGCCCUCUGCCCGCAGGAUGGACGGUGCGUCCGGGGGCUUGGGCUCCGGGGACAACGCCCCGACCACCGAGGCUCUUUUCGUGGCGCUGGGCGCGGGCGUUACGGCUCUCAGCCAUCCGCUGCUCUACGUGAAACUGCUCAUCCAGGUGGGUCAUGAGCCGAUGCCCCCCACAAUUGGGACCAACGUGCUCGGAAGGAAGGUCCUCUAUCUGCCGAGCUUCUUCACCUAUGCCAAGUACAUUGUGCAAGUGGAUGGGAAGAUAGGGUUGUUCCGAGGCCUGAGCCCCCGACUGAUGUCGAAUGCCCUCUCCACCGUGACCCGGGGCAGCAUGAAGAAGGUUUUCCCUCCAGAUGAGAUCGAGCAGGUUUCCAACAAGGAUGACAUGAAGACUUCUCUGAGGAAAGUGGUGAAAGAGACCUCCUACGAGAUGAUGAUGCAGUGUGUGUCUCGCAUGCUGGCCCACCCCCUGCAUGUCAUCUCAAUGCGCUGCAUGGUCCAGUUUGUGGGACGGGAGGCUAAGUACAGCGGUGUGCUGAGCUCCAUUGGGAAGAUUUUCAAAGAGGAGGGGCUGCUGGGAUUCUUUGUCGGCUUAAUCCCUCACCUCCUUGGAGAUGUGGUUUUCUUGUGGGGCUGUAACCUGCUGGCCCACUUCAUCAAUGCCUACCUGGUGGAUGACAGCUUCAGCCAGGCCCUGGCCAUCCGGAGCUACACCAAAUUUGUGAUGGGGAUUGCAGUGAGCAUGCUGACCUACCCCUUCCUGCUGGUGGGUGAUCUCAUGGCUGUGAACAACUGCGGGCUGCAGGCUGGGCUUCCCCCUUACUCCCCAGUGUUCAAAUCCUGGAUCCACUGCUGGAAGUACUUGAGUGUGCAGGGCCAGCUCUUCCGCGGCUCCAGCCUCCUUUUCCGCCGGGUGUCAUCAGGAUCAUGCUUUGCCCUGGAGUAACCUGAAUCACCUAAAAACACGCUGUCUCAGCCUGGCCACUGUGGAUGAGGCCUGAUCAUCUUGGGCACUUGUAAGACAGCUCAAACCCAGCAACACCUAGAUGUGCUCCAGCCCAGCCGGGCUUCGGUGUCCAUGUUUGCCAUGUUUCUGUCCAGAGUGAGGGCUGGGUGGGGGUGAGGCUACACCCAAUAGAUUGAUCACCUGUUAGACCUGAGGAAGGUAGGGUGGGCUGGGGGAACUGGGGCAAAAAUCUCCUUACUUCGCAGAUUUGCUGAGUUUGCCUUGUGUAGGGUGCCAGGGAAUGGCUUGUGGAGACCCAGAUUGGAUGGGCAAAGGCUCCUGGUGUCAGAUCCCACCCCCACUCACACCCACGUCAGCCCCAGCUCUGAUCCUGCAGCUCAGCUGAGAGCCUCGCUCUCCUGCUUGUAAAUAGGGCAUGAUCCCCUUCCACGAGGCCACCAUCAUGUACAGGCCUACGCUAGGAAGCUAUUGCUAGGUUCUGCCUUUAUUUUUCUCAACACUACUUUUCUGAUACAAAGGCAGCACCUUCUGAAUGGGAAAUCAUGUGACUGCUCAGAAUGUGUUCCCCUCAUCAAGUGCUCAUCGGUUUAAUGGUGACGCCUCAUGUGCAGGAUCUGUGCAAUUGUGAACACCCAAAAGUUAGGCAGAUCAGUGUCUCUAGUCCUACCCAAUUUAAAAGUUCCCAAUAAGAUUUGACCCUUUUUCCCUCAAAUAAAUGUAUUGGUGGUGAUUUGGAA